AUGAAAAUUUUGCGUGUAACCACGCUGUUGGAGAAUGCAAUAAGUCAGAGUAGGUUUGAUCACCCUAGCCCUCUGGGUUCUGGAGGGAUAUUUCAGAAUGCAAGAGCUGACAUGAACGGAUGGCCCUCUCAGUUUCCAUCAGAAAGAUCUGUUUCAUCAUCUCCAGCACCAAAUUGGCUAAACUCUCCUGGUAGCUCGUCUGGUCUCAUUGUCAAACGAACGAUCAGGGUGGAUAUUCCGGUCGACAAAUACCCAAACUACAAUUUUGUUGGUCGCCUCUUGGGUCCUAGAGGAAACUCCCUCAAACGAGUUGAAGCUAGUACUGAUUGUCGUGUUCUGAUAAGGGGCAGAGGCAGCAUUAAAGAUCCGGUUAAGGAGGAAAUGAUGAGAGGGAAGCCAGGUUAUGAGCACCUGAAUGAACCACUCCACAUUUUAGUCGAGGCAGAAUUACCCAUUGAGAUAGUGGAUGCACGUCUCAUGCAAGCUCGUGAAAUACUCGACGAUCUACUUACUCCCGUGGAGGAAACCCAUGAUUUCUACAAGAAACAACAGCUCCGGGAACUGGCCCUUCUCAACGGAAGCCUUCGAGAAGAAGGGUCCCCAAUGUCUGGUUCCAUCUCCCCUUACGAUAGCCUCGGCAUGAAGAGAGCCAAGACAAGGGGCUAA